AUGGAUUCUGGUGCACUCCCAAUCGGUCCCCGAAUCACUGGGAUCCAGGAUAUCUCGGCAAGAGACCCGUACAGCAUUACGGAAAUCAACCACGCGAUUGGAAGGUUCAGAAAUGUUGGAGGGAGAGCUGCAGUGAGCUCUGUGUCCUCUGAGGUGGAUGCUCGAGAGGAAGAGGGUGCAGAAGCCUCGCCUCUACCUGAUUCUUCGUCCGAGGAAGGAUCCAAGCCCGCCGGCGAUGGAUCCGCUGAACCAUCGUCUGAUACGCCUGCCACAGCAUCUUCAGAUGCUCCGGCAGACGAUGCCUCUUCAGCUGGCACCCCCUCCGACGGCGAUGCUCCUGCUCCAACGACCUCCGACGCACCUGCAGACGGCGCAACACCUGCCCCUGAGGGUGACGAACCCGCUACGACGCCCACCGAGGCCCCCGCCGACGGAGAUGCACCAGCUGCGACACCAUCAAAUGCACCGGCUGAAGAUACUGCGACCAAACCACCUACCGAUGGUCUCGCCACGGAUGCCACGACUCCAGCACCCGCUGCGGACGCCAACUCUGCACCAGCCGGCGGGCCCAAAGAGCCAGCUUCGCCUCCAGCAUCUCCGACCGGCGAUGACGCUGCUUCCUCAUCUGCGCCAGCUGAUGGUGCUCCGACCUCAGCGCCCACGGCGGCACCUGCCCCACCUGCCCCUGCCCCUGCCCCCCUACAGAAGCCUCGAGUUCGGUAUUCAGUUAAUUCGGUGAACAAGCUCUUGAGGAAGAUUGGCGAAAGGAGGAAGGCAAGGCUCGCUGCUCUCGCAGAGGCACGCAAUGCCGCUAGGUCGUAUGAUGAUUUCUACGAUUUCGAGUAG